UGUCUAGCUUGACGUCUGCAGUAAAGACUAGCCGAUCUGAACUUGAGGACAACAUUGCGUUUUUAAUGAUUUAUUCUUCAUUUUAUUAUGAAAAGAUGGUGUUUAUGCAACAUUCAGUAAGUUUUAAUUAAGUAGCUGGACUACACCACCGCAGCCAUGUGGGGGCGCAUGUCGAAUAUGAUGCAGAAUGUCCAAGGGGACACGCCUACAAGAGAUGGUGGAGCGGGAGCUCAACAGGGUGGCAGUACGUCAUCCCCGGGGGAUGCAAGCUUUGUGUCAGCGGGAGACGCAAGCUUCGUCAGCACCUCGGACGCUCAGGAUCAACUGGAAGAACAGAACCGCCUUGUAACACAACUCAAGGACAUGAUCAGAGGGAAGGAUAAGGAGUUGGUUGAGUCUAGCGCAAAGCUUUCUAAAUUUAAACUCCAGGCCAAGGCUAAGAUAACGACCCUGACCUCUCAGCUAGAGGCGGCCAAGAAGAGUGGUGAUGGCUCAGAGGCAAAGAGUGAUGGAGGAGGAGACGACGCAUCGAGUCGCGGGAAGCUCCUUCUCUUGAAGAAGAAGCUUGAUGAGAAGGAAAGAGCCCUCAAGGACAGCGUUGAGAAGAGGAGUAAACUAGAGGAGGUGGUGAACACUAAGCAGGAGCUACUGAAUGAGAGAGAUAGCAGGGUAGCGCAGUGUGAAGGGAGGAUUGAUGAGCUGGAGGAACAGGAAAGGAAUAGAAUAGCUGAACUUCAGGAGAAAGACAAAACCAUAGAGAAACGGGAUGCGAUGCUGGAGGCUCUUAGGAGCGGUGGUGCUGCCGUCGUCAUGGAUACGGGUCCUACAACACAACUCACGAGCAAGAUAACAGACUUAGAGAGAAUAUUAGGUGAGGAAGAGGGCAGGUACCAAGAAGUCCUGGAACAGCUAGUCCGCAAGGACCAACUGAUCAUGGAACAGAGUGAGCGGGUCCUGGUUCUGGAGCGCCAGACCCAUGGGGCUCAGAUGAUGACCCAGGAUCAAGGAGAGGUCAUCGAGGGUAGAGAUAGGGCCAUCAAGGUCGUACAAGAGGAGUGCAACCAGAAAGACAAAGCGAUAGAAGAUCUGAACAAGGUGAUGGAGAACAUGAGAUACAAGAUGGAGUCAACGGACGAGAGAAUCACUCAGCUAGCAGACGACUUAGAAGCGAAGGAGGCCCUCUUAAGGCAGGAGAAGGAGAGGUACGAGAAGGAGAAGGCAUUGCUGGAGGAGAAGCUUCAGAUCUAUGAGAGUCCGGAGAAAGGCGAUGCAGACGCUAAGCAACAAGAAUUCAUCAAGAAUCUUGAACGUCGUUGUCAGGAGACGGAGGGGAACCUUGAUGCUAAGACCAAAGUGAUUGAGAUGCUUCAGGAGGAGAUUGCUUCUAAGGAGAAAGCUGACAUGGAUCAUCAGAGGAGCAUGACAGCUCUGGGAGAGAAACUUGGUAUCACCAAAGAACAGAUGAGAGCCAUGCAGGAACAGUUUGUGGAGAAUGAAGAAUCAUGGAAGAAAGAGAAGGACGAGAUGAAUUCCAGAUUAAAAGAAACAGAAGAACUCAAAAACAAGUUAGACUCUGACAACACAGAGAAGAUGAAUGCUCUCACUGCCUUACAGACUGCUCUCAAGCAGUACGAGACUGCUUACAACCAAGCUAGCUCACAGUAUAACACUCUGGCUCAAAACUAUGAGCAACUCCAAGCAGAGCUGACCCAGGCUAAAUCAGAGCUCGACACUGCAAACACAGAGAGUGAGGCAUCGAAGAAGGAGGGUGAAGAUAAGGAGAAGGAUGGAGUUCAAGAGAAGGAAGAGCUGAAGCGAAGGGUUGGAGAACUGGAGAGAGAAGUUGAGGAAAGGAUAGGAGAGUUAAGAAGGACUAAAGAUGAGGUGGAGGAGCUGAAGGUGGAGAGGGAGAAGGAGAAGGAAGAUCUUGAAAGAAGGAUUAAGGGAUUAGAAGGAGAGGUUGAAGAAGGGAAGACAAACUUAGAUGCAGCACAAAGAGAGUGUGAUGGAUUGAAGGAUCAAGGUGAGGAGAGUGAACGGACAGGCAUGCAUAGAAGGGCAGAACUUGAACAAAGGAUAGUAGAACUAGAAGAAGAAGUAGAGAAUGGAAAAUCAAAACUAGAUGAAUUGAAUCAGGAAAUCAUGAAGAAAGAUGGAGAGAUCAAGGGAGAAGCUGAAGGGAAGACUGAUCUGGAAAGUAGGUUAGCAGAGCUGGAAGGAGAGUUGGAGAAAGGAAGAACUGAGUUGGAUAGAGUGAAGGAAGAGAAGGAGAAGAAGGAAGAGGAGAUAGCUGAUUUCAAGACCAAGGCAGAGGAGAAGUUUAACAAGUUGAAGAACCAAGCUAAGAACAAGGUUAAGGCUCUGGAGGAAGAGCUUCAAGGAUUGAAAAAGGUCGAUUCCCUGGUUGAGGAGGUGAACGAUCUGAAGAAUAAUGUCGCAGAGUUAGAAGAUGAGAAAGGAAACCUACAACUCAGACUGGUCGACUUUGAGGAGACCAAAGCUCAAAUCGAAAAUCUUGAGAAGGUUUUGAUUCAGAAGGAGGAUAAGAUCAAGAUGGUUGAAGAGGAGAAGGGAGAGGUUCUGAAGAUGAUGCAAGAAACAGGAGAAGAGAGGAUGAAACUGGAAGAGAAGAUAGAGGAGCUUACUGCACAGGUUGAACAGAAUCAAAUCAACCACAACCAGGCUGAGGAAGACAAGAUCAAUGAACUCAACUCCAUGGUCGACGAUGUCCGUGCCAAGCUGGUCGAUGCCGAGGAGCGAUGCGACCAGGAAGUGAAAUCAAGGGUCAGUGUCGAGUCUCGUCUGGUGGACCUUACUGACUUUAGAAAAUCAUCACAGUCACACAUGGCUGAGCAAGACGAGAAGAUCAAGUCUUUAGAGGCCUCGUUGGAAGAGACGAACAAUAGCUUGGCAGAGACGGAACAAGCGAGGGCGGGCUUGUCAGAGGAGAAGGUUACUACUGAGCUGAAGAUGGUUCAACUGGAGGAGGAAAAGGAUGGCUUGGAGCAGAAAACCGUCCACCUCUCAGACCAGAUUGCAGAGAUGAAGAGGAAGAUGGAGACAGAGUUUCAAUCUCUGGUUGAGAUGGAGAGAGAGAAGGAAGGGAUGACAGCGAAUCUUGAGAAGAAGGAAGAGCAGAUUACAUCCUUGAUCUCUGACCUCCAGCAAGCAGCAGAUUCAAAGGUCAAACUCGAGAGCACAAUAUCAGAAUUGAAGGAGAGUAUAUCAGAGCUGACUGAAGGCAAGCAGAAGGCCGAGGCAAACCUUGAGAUGCUUCAGAUGGAUCUAGAUCAAGCCAUCUCCCAGAUGGAGAACCAAACCUCUAUAUCUGCGGCAGAGAAAGCAGACCUAGAGUCGACCAUCAAGAACAGGGAAAGAGAGCUGACGGACCUUGCGCAGAAAUGCCAAGAGAAAGAGGAAGAGAUUACCAAACUGGGUGAAGAGUUACAGGAGAGGACCAGGGUUGUUGAAAGACUUGAAGGAGAGGUGUCAGAGAAGGGAUAUAAGAUUGAAUCCCUUGAGGCGACGGUUGGACAGAAGGAUCGAGAGUUGGAUAUGAUGAAUGAAGGACAGAGUGAAGAGGGAAGGAAGAACGAAUCUAAGAUGUCUUCGCUGCUCCAGCAGAUCGCAGAGCUUGAGACGGAGCUGAUGAGCAUUCAGAGAGGUCUUGAUGAGAAGGAGAAGCUGGUGGAGAACCUACAGGAAGAGGUAGAGAAGGCUAGGAAUGAGCUGCAAAAGAAUUCUCAAGAUGCCACUGAGAACCUAGAAAAGAUCUCCAAGCAGUUGGAGGAGAAGGAGAAACAUGCAGGCUCCUUGCAGGAGCAGCUCCUGGAUUCCUUGAAGCUUGUACAGGACAAGGAGAACUCAUACCAGGAGCUCCUUAAAAGAGAGAAGGAGGAGUCCUCUGAGAUUCAGAUCAAACUGAAUCAAGAAGUUUCUGGUCUCAGGGAUAACCUAGAGACAUCUCAGAAAGAAGCGGCCGACUUGAAGAUGAGGUUAGAAGACACUCAGAAGCAGAAGGAGCAACUCUCUGAGAAGAUAAUAACGGAUGUAGAAUCAUUGCAAAAAGCCUCAAGUAACAAGGAGGAAGAGAUGAAUCAAGCUAGGUUGGAGGCUGAAAGGGUGUCAGAGGAUUUGACUAACAAGCUCCAAGUAUCCUCCAAAGAAAAUGAACAGUUCCAGGAGAGGGUUAAGAAAUUAGAGGUAGAGUUAUCAGAGCUAGGAGAACAGCUUUCUCAUCAGGAAGAGAUAGUUGCUUCUCUAGAUGUUGACAAGAAACAGCUGGAGGAAGCACUUGGGUUGAAAGACCAAAACCUUAUGAUGAUGAGAGUGAAGUUGGAUGAAACGAUGCAACAAAAUCAAGAACAAGAUCAGAACAUCCAGGAAAGAGAUGUCACAAUAUCCUCCUUAAAGGAAAAACUUCAGGAUGCUGAAGAGAAGUCUUCCAAAUCUGAAGAGAAUAUGAAAUUGUUGGAAGAAAAGCUUGAAUCUUGUUUGAAGGAUCUGGAAAGUCUUAAAGAUGCAGUCGCACAAAAGGAUAAUCUAAUCACAGAUCUGCAGAAAGAUGUUGAGGAAAGAUCAGCAGAAAUGAAAAGACUGGUAGACACUAAUCAUGAGACGGAAAGUAUUUCCCAAAGACAGGUGCAAGACAUUCAGAAUCUGCAAACAAACAUUAAUGAUAAGGACAAUCAAUUAGUAACCCUGCAGGAAAGACUGCAAGAAAUGAAGGAGGAUGAUGAUACAAGACUUGCCUCUAUGCAAGGGAGACAGGAUGAGAAGGAGAGAGAAUUCCUGAAGUUGAAAGAAGAGAUGACUGAGCUACUUGAAAAGAGCAGAGAGGAUGCAAAUGAGGAGAGAAAAGAGAAGGAAAGGAUCGGCCAAGAAAAGGACAGCAUCGUUAUGGAGAAGGACAAUAGAAUUAGAGAGAUAGAGGCAAAGAUUGAAGAACUAAUGGCAGAUGAGAGGAAGCUGAAAGAGGAAACCGAGAAAAUUGCCAAACAACUUUUAGAUGGUGCAGAAGAAAGGGAUCAGAUGCAGAAAUCAUUAGAAGCUGUCUGCAGAGAGAAAGAGCAAGUCCAGGAAGAGCUCACUCUAGCCAAAGAUCAAAUCACUAGCCUACACCAGGUGCUAGUGGAUAAAGAAGAUGAAGUAGCUCAAGUGAGACGGUCCUUAGAUGAAAAAGAGAAGCAAAAACAGGAAGAGGUUACAGUAAUGCAGGAAUCCCUUCAAAGAGCACAAAAUGAAAAGACUGGAUUUGAGAGCCAUGUUGAAAAAGAGAAGACUACAUUGCAGGAAUCACUGGAUUCACUUAGAAAUGAACUUCAUGAUAAGAAUACUGCCAUGAAGGAGAUAGAGGAGAAGUUGAUAGAAAAGGAAACUGCCCAGAAAUCUUUAGAAGAAAGGUUAGCCGAGAAAUCUGAUAUUGUAGAACAGUUGACUCAAAAGGUCAUUGAGAACGAAGAAGUUUCAACACAAGAACUUCAAAGGCUACAAGAGAAGCUAAGGUAUGCUGAAGAGGAAAAGGACAAGGUGGCUGUUGAGAUGGAGCAGGAGAGAGGACAACUUCAAGAACAUUUUAACCAAUUAGAGAUGGAGAAACAGAGGAUAUCAGAGGAGUUGGAGCAGAGGAAAGCAGCUCUUGAAAGAGUAGGAGUACAGCAGGCAGAUAGGGAGCAGCUCUUUAAUGAGGAGCUGAGCGCUAUUCAGGCAGACCUCGUUCGUAGUCAGGAGGAAAGGAGAGAAGCAGAAGCAGAGUUUGAAGAGAAGCAGACAACCAUGGAGAGCAGAUUGAAUGAGAAAGAAGGAGAAAUGGCAACCCUAACGGAUGACUUGGACCUAUUCAAGAAAAAGAUGGAGAAGCUUAGUCAGGAUGCAGAUGAGAAGGAAAGCAAUCUGCAACAGGAGUUGACUUCAUUGAGGGGAUCCAUGGCUAACAGUAGUGGUGAGACAGCAGAACUUGUCAAACAGAUUACGGAGAGAGACCAGAAGAUCAAAGCUAUGGAGGAGGACUCUUCCUCCAAGAAGGAACAACUGGACAAACGCAUCCAAAACCUGAAAGAGAAGCUCAAGAAGGCCGUAGUCAAAGUCAAAGAAUUGAGUAGCACCGUAGCUGAGCAGUCCACAAGGAUAGAAGAGUAUUCUACAAAGAUAGAAGAACAAUCCACUGUAAUAGACGAACAGACCACAACAAUAGAGGAAGCAGAGAGAAGGCUUAGUAAGAAAGAAGUUGUGGAAGAGCGGCUUCAUUCCCUCACCCAGGCAACAGAAGAAUACCAGCAGAAGUUGGAUAAGAUGAGACGAGAACUUGAAGAGCGAGAUCUAGCUGUCCAGUCUCUGAAGGAUGUUAUGAUGUCCAGAGAGGAAGACGUCAAUGCUCAAUCUGAGAUGUUGGAUCGUAGUCUGGCUGAUGUCAAUGAGAAGGUUGAUGCCUUGAACGCAGAGCUCCAGCAGCGGGAUGAGGUCGUCCAGGACCUCCAGACGAUUUUAGCAGAGAAGGAAUCGACCUUGGAGGGGUUGAGCCAGAGCUUUACAGAGAAAGAUUCCUUGAUCCAAAGCCUCCAGGAGGAGAUCGCAUCUCAGAAGAACAAGGCGGAGGAGAUGAUGCAGACAGCACCCGGAGAUGAAGAAGAUGGAGGAUCAGGGAAGAAGGAUGAGAUUGUGAAGCUGAAGCAGGAAAUAGAGCAGGGAAAACAGAGGUAUGGUAAGCUCCUUGCAAAAGCCAAAGAUAUGAAAACAAAGUUUGAAGUCGCCAACCAGAGAAACCGAGAAUUAGAGGCGGAGGUUGCGAAUCUUCAACGAGAGCAAGAGGAGAGGGGGAUUGCCGUCCAGCAGAGAGAAGAGGAAGAAAGUUCAAGGAGAGCUGAAGAAGGGGAAUCAAAGGAGGAGCUCUUAGAGAUCUUGAGGAAGAACGAUGAACUUCAAGCGCAAGUCUCUGAUCUUCAAGCGCAAGCCUCUGAACUUGAGAGACUCGUUUCUGAGAAUGAAUCAGUCUUACAGAACAAAGCCGCAGAGCUACAGGACACAGCCGCAGAGCUACACAACACAUCAGAGGAGCUCAAGCAUUUGAGGGAGGCUUUAUCUCAGAAAGAAGCAGAGAUGGGUGAUGAAGAGGAGUGGAAAAGGAACAUGAUGUCGUCCUUAGAUGACAAAGAAGCUGAAAUUAAUCAACUUAAAUCUGAAAUACAAGACAAAUCCAUGCAACUGGAUGAAGCUAUUAGUGAGUUGGACAAUGUGACUAAAAUACUGAGUGAGAGGGAAGGAACAAGCCAACAGCGACUUGCAGAGCUCCAAGAAGUUGUAUCAGCAAGAGAAAGUGAUAUAGAACGACUGGAAGCAAUAGCAUCAGAGAAGGAAGACCUGGUGCAGAGAUGUCAAGAGAAAGAAGAUGUCUUAUCCAGGUUGACCCUUCAGUUGGAAGAACAGGCAACUAAGUUUGAAGAAAUGGAGAAGCAGCUGGAGCAUAUGACUGAAGGAUUCAGGUCAAGUUUGGAUCAUUCUGAAGCAGAGCUUGGCAAAGCUAGGGAAAGUUUAGGAUUGAUGGAAGCAGAGGUUGGACGACUCCAGCAGGAGAAAGAAGAUAUUCUGGGUAAGAUGAAGGCAGAGAAUGCUGCAUUGAUGGAGAAAGAAGGAACCUUGCAGGAGCAGAUUGAUGAAAAGAGAUAAUGACGAUGAAACUUGAUGAAGCGAGGCAUGAGACGGCUCGACUUACAGGAGAGAACGGUGAGAU